CCUCUGUGUAACUGGAAGAGAAUAUUAGUGUUAAUGUUUCUGGGGGUGAGUAUUCCUGCCUGUGUCACCGAGGGAGUGUACUUCUGUCUGUGUUACUGAGGGCAUUGAGAUGUGGAGAGAAAUGAUGAGCCAGCAAAGGUCAACGCCCUGGAGCUUGCUAGCCAUGGUACUGACAGUGAUUGUGCUACCUGGCCCAGUCGAGUCUGGGAGCCUCUGGGAUGUCAUCAAGUCAGCAAAGGGAACUGAUGCAAUCACACUGGAAUCGCACGAGGCGACAGACUUCCUGCGAACACCUCCCACACGAAGCCGACGCCACGCCAAGUGGUAUCAACAGAAUCCCGACUUCCAAGCGUGGUACAAGUAUUACCAGAAAAUCGGCCACAACGAAGGGCUGUAUGAGAUUGAUCGGAUUCGGUUAAUCUAUCUGCAAAUGAGGCAUCUGGAGAAUGUCUAUGGAAAGAAUGCUCCGUUCUAUCAGUACACGAUUGGCCUUCCCCCAACACAUGGCAAAGGAGUGCCUGCACCUUCCUGUGACCCCAAAAUGGAUAAGAACUGUAAAUCUCAGCCUCCACACCCCAAGGUGCCCGUAGCUAAGCCCCCGCCUGCACCCAAAAAGGCUCAGCAUGCAGGCCCACCUCAACUGCCCUGUAGCCCUCAUGACCCGGCGUGCCUGCUGCAGUACUUCUACCAGUUUCUAGCCAACGUUCAGACAGACUCCAAGUGCGACCCCAAAAUGGAUCCCAAGUGCCCGCGGGUGGCCAGAACGCCUCCCUGCGACCCCAAGUACGACCCGUCCUGUGCGCCUUCCAAAUCCAUGUACUGCGACCCCGUGUACGACCCUGACUGUGAUGAGGAGGAUGAGGAGAGCGAGGACCAGUCUCCGACACCCCAGCCACGCCAACAUGAGGGUCUCGGGGAGAAUGAUGAAGUUGACCCCUAUGAUCCAUAUUAUCCUGGCUACUAUGGACAAGCUGGUUCACACUAUGACCACUAUAAUCAGCAAGGUGCAUCCACGUAUGGAAAUCCACAUGGCACCCCUACGAACGAGAAUACGUAUGAUGCCUCUAUAUAUGGAAAUCCACAUGGUGCCUCCACAGAUGAGAAUCCAUAUGAUGUCUCCACAUAUGGAAAUCCACACAGUGCUUCAAUGAAUGGAAAUCCAGAUGACACCUCCACAAAUGAGAAUCCAUAUGGUGCCUCGACAUAUAGCAAUCCACACAGUGGCCCUACAUAUGAUAAUCCAUAUGGUGCCUUUCCCUACGGAAAUCCUUACAGUGGCUCUCCUUAUGGAAAUCGAUACGGUGCCCCUCCUUAUGGAAGUCCAUAUGGGGCCCCUCCCUAUGGAAAUCCGUACGAUACUUCUCCCUAUGGAAAUCCAUACGACUCCCCUCCCUAUGAAAAUCCAUACGGUGCCUCUCCCCAUGAAAAUCCAUACGGCGCCUCUCCCCAUGAAAAUCCAUAUGGCGCCUCGCCCCAUGAAAAUCCAUAUGGCGCCUCUCCCCAUGAAAAUCCAUAUGGCACCUCGCCCCAUGAAAAUCCAUAUGGCGCCUCACCCCAUGAAAAUCCAUAUGGCGCCUUCCCAUAUCCAUCUCCGUACAACUCUCCAUAUGGGGCACCUUAUGACUCUCGUUAUGAUCACGAGGACGAGGACGAAGAUGAGGAUGAGGAUGAGGAUGAGUACUAACGAGAAAAUGUCGACCCUCCAAGUCAGCAGGGCCAGGGACCACGAAUGUUUUCUACCCCCUCCCCUGCCAAGCUUCUCCAGGAAGUGGGAUUUUCACUCUUUUGGAUCAGAUCAGAGACAGCCUCACGGUGGUUUGCAUAAAGGAACCCAGGAGGUAGUGAGUAGCCCAGGCUCAAACCCCUCCCUCAUCAGUCCCCUCGCCCCCAAGUUAUCGCUAGUUAUGCGCUCCCGCCACCCCCAGGUCACACAGCGUGAUAAAGCAGCUGCCCUUCCUGCAUAUACAGAGCUGCACCUGGGAACAUGAAGAAAGGGGAAAGAGGAUGGAGUGCCCUGUGUGAUUAUUGUGACCUGUUGUCUUGGAGGUUCACUGUUACUGAUGCGAUUGUUCUAAAGUAAAUAUUGAAACAGCAUUUGGUGGUUGUAUGAAAGUUAAUCUACUCUCAGCCAUGAGAAGUACAAAGCAUUCUCUUUCAGUCAGACACCAAUCGCCUCGUCUUGUCUGCUCAGACACAAAUUUGGCUUCCUCCGGGUUUUGCCCGUGCCGCGGAUUUACUUGAUGCUGGGAACAGUCUGUCCUCCCGCUGCCAGCUGUUGCUGUAACUAUACUUGGCUAUUGUCGUGAUCAAUAAACGCCUCUGUACACCAGUCACUAUCAGUCUGCUUUAAAUUGGCCUUCACCAGCUCUCCGACAGCAUUCUACCUUGUAACCCGAUCAAUGGGGUGGGGAGGAAAAACCGAGAGCAGGAGAGAAUUUGCCGUGACUAAUUGGGGAAGGCAAACGACCUUCAGACUCCAAGGUGCAUUUCUGUAGCGUCAUGCGCGACAAUUCAUAUCUGAAUGGUGCCUUCACACAACGGAUGCAAGGUGCUGCACUCGAAUAUUCUAGCAGUGGCAGACACCAAUUACAGGUUAAAAAAACUACAUCAUAUGGGUCUUGCUGACUAGUCCAAUAUUUUAUUGCCCAUUCCCAACUGCCCCUUGAGAAGGUGGCAACAAGCUGCCGCCUUGAACAGCAACAGUCCAUGCAUGUAUAGAGGCACCCACAGUGCCCUUAUGGAAGGAGCUCCAGCACAUUAGCUUGGCAACACUGAAGGAAUGGUCUCAGAGAUAGUAGGAACAGCAGAUGC